GAUCGAAUCAAUUGAGUUUUCAACCAAGGCGGUGAUGCAAAUGGCGACCAGGAAUGUAAAUUUCGCACGGCUGGAGUUUUAAGUUUAAUGUGGUGUUGUGAAAAUGUGCACGUCUUGAUGUUGUCAAACCUUACUGAAAUUGUUUACCUCUUUACUGAUCCCCAUCAAGUUGAGGGUUUUGAAUUGAGAGGAUCUACGUUCUAAUCAAGAUGGAAGCAAAGGAAUUCCAAUCUGUUCUUACGGGGCCUUUGGUCAGCACCCACUUUGCUGUCGAUUGGUCAGCCGAUGACAGGGUGUCUGUCAUAACUGAUAAAGGACUUCAAAUAAUGAGCCCUCAUGCCCGAGCUGGAAAGUCAAGAAUUGGAAUUAUCACACUCAUCUUUGCUGUUCUUCUGGCUUCGUUGCAACCUAUAUCAGCCAAUGAUAUUACAGCUGGAGUGUUUGGUUCAGUUCGUGCUGUUCUUCCGGCUGCUUUUGGUGACUUUGACUCAGAUGAACUAACUGAUAUGUUUGUACUGAAAGACAUGGGACAUAAGGGCAUGGCUGUUGAAAUUAUGUUAGCCUCCAAUGAAGAACCAUUGCUACGGCCUAACAAAACUUUGUACUGUGCAUUCCCUCAGUCAAAGUUGACUAGUGUUGUUCCAGGAGAUUUUGAUGGAGAUGCUCUAAUGGACUUACUUGUCACUGGGCAUCCAUUAGAUGGAACGCCAGAUGAAACACGAGUUUAUAUUUUAUGGGGAGGGAUGCAUAAUUUGACUUGUGCUGAUGAGAAGAAAUUCUUGUUCCAAAUGAAAGGUGAGCCUUUGGCCAUAGACUAUGAUGGAGAUAUGAUUAUUGACUUGUUUGGGGCUGAUGAAGGUGGCAAUAGGACUUUCUGGUUAUUUAAGACCAAUAGAACUUUCACCAAAAAGCCAAUGGAUGCUCAUGGUCAUGUACUUGGUAAACUCAGAGACAUUCACUCCCAUGCAUUUUUGGAUGUGAAUGGUGAUUUUGCUCCUGAUCUUAUUUUGACAUCAGUUGAAGAAAUUGAAGUUUGGUACAAAGUGGAUGACGAAUUCAGACUUAAUCACACAAUUAAGUAUCCUCCAGGCAAGGUUGGACAAACUCUCUACCUGGAUGUGGAAAUGAAAGGAAAAAUUGAUUUAGUUGUACCAGUAUGCCUUGAUAGCGAAUGCAAAAACAGCACUAUAUAUGUUCAUUCGGGUGAUGAAUGGUAUGAUUUAAAAGUGAACUUUAAGGAGAAUGAAAAUAAUUUGUGGGGAUACACCCCAGAGAACAGCAAAUUUUGGUACAUGGAUGCAAUAACCCUCCGUGGUGGAGAUUUUAACAUGGAUGGAUAUCCAGAUCUUUUGGCCUCCCUUACUCUCCACGCUGCAGAAUCUACCAAGACAAAGGCUUUCUUACUUGAAAAUGUUCCAUGUUCUGGUCCUAUUUGCAAAAACUUUGGCCGUACUUUUGCACCACAGUGGGGAUCAAUGAGCCCCACUAACAGUCAAACUAACAUGGCUGUGUUCUAUGACUUUGGGCAAGAUGGAAUAUUAGAUGUGCUCCUUGUUCAAAUGGAUCACCCAGAUGCUGAUCCUCCUACUUAUCAAGUUGCAGCUUAUAAAAACAGUCUUGAUUAUGAUGCUAAUUUUGUUAAAGUUAUGGUUUUAACUGGUAGAAACAGUACUCAAACACCUCCUAAUAGAAAUCCCCUCAGCAAGAAGAAGAUCAAAACUUUCGGUACUAAUUUACCAGGGCCAACUAUAUCUUAUCGUACAACCACUCAGGAGGGAAACCCAAGAGAAGCUACUUCAUCUCAACUUCCCCAGUCUGCUCACUUUUCUUUGGGCCUGCCUUACUCCAUAUUUGGAUUAGGACGCACUCCUAAUUUUGUUGAUAAAUUGUCAGUUGGCAUGUCAGGGCAAAUGCGAGAUUGGACUCAAAUUAUCCCCAACUCACAAAUGGUAGUUAUUCCUGUUGGUGAGCAGCCUUCUCAGUGGAAAGCUCAGUUGUUUGUCACUCCAAGCAAACUUGUGCUGAUGAGUGUUGUUGCUCUUUUAGGAACAUGUGCUAUUAUCACUUUGAUAAUUGGUGCUUUAUACUGGAAAGAGAGGAGGGAAGAUAAACUAGAGCGAUUGCAAGAGGCUCACAGGUUCCAUUUUGAUGCUAUGUGAAAGAUUCUCACUAAUAUUAGGAUAUGCAAUUUCUAUUGUCUGUGAUUGAAACUGAAUUUCAGCUGAACGAUGGCUCCAAUAAUCUUGUUGCAUCGCAGUGUAUAAUAUCUAAUCUAAUGAAUGCCUCACUUUAUAAGGUAUUGUGCAGUUAAAUUUUUCUUUUAAUAAUAAAAUUGACCAAUAUGCUUGUGCAUUGAAAAUUUGUUUGGAGAGAAAGCAUCAAGAGAUAUGUGCACUUUUAAUGCUCUUGAUUUCAAUUUAUCUUGACUGGAGAUAGUUUGAGGAAACCUAGUCCUGCUGUAAUACAAGGCUUAAGCUUUUUUGUUUUAUUCUUAGACACUUUUUACUCUGGGAUGUAUUUGUAGGAUAUAACCAAACAACAUAAAAGUAGUAAAUUGUAUUGAAUCAAUGUGUAUGUUUUACUAUAUUGGGUGGGGGUGGGGUGGGGGGGUAUUUAAUUUACUUAUACAUAUUCACAUUUUUGCAGCUGCUUUUCUUUCAAUAAUACGUAAAGUAUACUGUAAAGUUGUUGAACAUUAGUUUGUUAGUAGCAUUUUUAUUUAUCUUGAUAUUAUAAUGUAUUCGUGAAUGUUCUUAAAAUGUGUAAAUUUUUCUUGGAUCAGAGAUGUAUCUUUUGAUUUAGUAUUAUUAAAAUUCACUCACGUCAUGGAGUUACACUUCAAAGUGAAAAUUUGCAUUCCAGGGUCUCUUUGGGUCACUGUUGGUUUUGUUAAUGUGCAAGUACUUAUACCGUUUAUUAUAUAAGAGAUAUAUUAAUAAGAUUAUCAAGUUAUCAAAAAAUGGUAUCAUCUAUGGCAUCACACUUGUUUUCAAAAUAUAAAAAUGGAUCUGUUUUGGUAUCUUGGUUGAGACUUUCUGACUUCACUUACUGUGACACUUAAAUGCAUUGUUAAACUGUGCCAUGUUCUUUGGGACUUGACAGAAUUGAGAAUUAAAUUUUUCUUAGUUAACAAUAUACUCUACUGCGGAAUGUUGAAAAUCAGGUUCUUCACGUCCUGUUCUUUGUUUAUUAUUAUUGUAUAGUGAUUGUGGAGGUACAUACUGUGCAUUUUUGCUGUGAUGAGUGGUAUUUAUUUUUUGUCAUACAUUGUGCAAAGUCAAUCAUUGAUAAAGUAUUUUUUGUUGGAA